CUCCCUUUUCUUCUUGUUCAUCCCACUAGUGGCUAGUUACCAUUUUAAGCUUAUACUUUCCAAAAAACACUAAUAAAAAUAGAAUCUUUAGCAAGUUGAAGGUUCUUUUUUUCCCUUGUUGGUGUUUCUGGUGUGCCACUUCUUGUUUUUGGAACUGAAGUUGAUUUUUAUGAGAUACAUUUGAAAACUGAAGGUACGGGUAGCUCCGUCCACCAAGCCCAAGCAAAUGUGAAAAGAAUCACCAAGUGUUUUUUUCUCUGCUCGGGUUGAACCCUAGUCUCCAAGUGAAUUGUCCCCCUUCAUACAGACGGAGAAGGUAAUGUGUUGGGAAAUAAGACAUAUACUUGGAUAAGUAAAACAGCUGCAAGAUGGGUGGUUGCUGCUGCUCUUCAAGGAAGCCUCCCCAGCUUCAUGGAACACAAGUAUUUUACUAUUUUCCACCAGCUUCUGAAGAGUAUGAGUCCCUGACAUCUGAUGAUAGUGCUGCUAUUGCAUUUACCUCUGAGCUCCUGGAUGAUUUAAACGUAGAUAGAUCAACACCCGACACUUACCGCUCUCCCCCUGCACCAAUUCCAUUUGAAGUAGUUUUGGGGAAUCCACAGUCAAGAGGAGGUUCCCAGUUCACAGAUGAAACAGUACUUCAACAUAGCUAUGAGAUAACAACUUGUAAAGAUAUUAAGUUUUCUGAUCGCAAAGCUGAAACAGAGUCUCUUCUCGCCUCCCUAAAGAAAACAGGGAUUGACCUUGUAAAAUCUAAUCUGUCUAUUAUUAAAUCAGCAGAAGAAGAGGAUGUUUGUCCUACUUGUCUUGAAGAAUAUGAUGCCGACAAUCCAAGAAUAGUUUCAAAAUGUAACCAUCAUUUUCAUCUUUCAUGUAUUCUUGAGUGGAUGGAAAGAAGUCAAACAUGCCCAAUAUGCAAUCAGGAAAUGAUAUAUGAAGCUCUAUGAAAACUAAUCAGAAGUUCCUUAGCUGCUGGUCGUCAACACCUGCCUAUACAUGGUGGCUUGGCCUGUAUUCACUUGUUCACUCAUGAAAGUGUAAAUUCUCUAUGUAUAUGAAGCUUAUGUUAGUAAAUCCCGCUCUUGAUGAAGAUGCGAGUUGCAUAUAUAUGCUGAUGGGAGCUAAUUUGCAGCCGAAGAACAAAAAAGAAGUUGUAGUUUUGCAUUUGAUGCCUGGAAGAUUAAAUUCUGAAAACGCGUGUUUUUGGUCAUGCUUCUUCUGAGUUCCAAGUGUUGUACAGUGAACUCUUUUUGUUGUUGUAAUUUUAUGUUCAAUUGCUGUACAGAUUCUUCUGGCAA